CUUUGUGCCAAAAGGCCCCCAAGAAAGCCAAGAAGAGGACAGCAGAGGGAGCCAACUCCAAUGUGUUCUCCAUGUUUGAGCAGGCUCAGAUCCAGGAAUUUAAAGAGGCCUUCACUAUUAUGGACCAGAACAGGGACGGCUUCAUUGACAAGAAUGACCUGAGGGACACUUUUGCUGCUCUAGGACGUCUCAACGUGAAACAGGAAGAGAUUGACGAGAUGCUUAAAGAGGCUCCUGGCCCAAUCAACUUCACCGUCUUCCUCACCAUGUUCGGUGAGAAGCUGAAAGGUGCUGAUCCAGAGGAGACCAUCCUCAACGCAUUCAAAGUCUUUGACCCUGAGGGGAAAGGAGUGCUGAGGAAGGACUAUGUGACACAGAUGCUAACAACACAAGCGGACCGAUUCACCCCCGAAGAGAUGGAGCAGAUGUUCGCUGCCUUCCCCCCAGAUGUGGCAGGAAACCUGGACUACAAGAACCUGGUUCACAUCAUUACCCACGGAGAGGAAAAGGACCAGGAGUAACCCUUUUUGUGUUCAUCAAAGGCCAUCGUCUUUUUGCCCGUACGUGACUUGAAACUGGCCCACUGCUUUUGAAGGAGAUAUGGACUUUGGCUAAUUUCUGCAUCUUUAUAUUGGCUGCGUUGUCUCUGUACAGUACUCUCUCAAGACUGCAAGAGGAUCAAGACUAAAUUCUUUCUUCCAGGCCCCUAGAAAUGGACAAUAUACAGCAUCAACAUAGUGUGCUCCCUUUCUGUUUUAUCCACAAGAUGUUCCCACAUUCACCUGAGACAAAUUAAAUUAUUUUUCCUCUUCAUUUUAUACACUCCAUAUCAGAAAGUACACAUUCGUUAGGUCUGUGCAUGUUCGUCUAAUAAAAGUUUUCAAAG